AAAAGGAGAAAAAACAGAGAGAGAGAGAGAGAGAGGAGACCUGAAAGCUGAGAGAUAAUAUACUACAGCCAGAUUAGCCAGAAGAGAAAGCUACUCGAGCUCAAAUCCCAAUACGAAUCGACAAAAUCCAAGUUUAUCCCUUUCUUCUUCUACUUCUUCUUCUUCUUCUUCUUCUUCGUUCCAACACCCAUCUUUUAUAUCUUCUCCUUAUCGGAUCUCUCAUUUCGUUUGGUUAUGGAUCCGUUCGAUUUGGUUCGGAAAGGAUUUGGCUAAAACCUGCUGGAACUCAAGAGUGUCAUGUGUUGGUCUGCUUUAUUUAUAUAAAAUCUUCAUCUGUUUCAGUAAAUAAUGAGCUUAUCCAAGAAAGGGACCCAAAUCAGUGAUACAAAGCCAACUACCUCUAGCAAGGUAACAGCUUUAAACCCAAAUGCUGCAGAGUUUGUUCCCUUUGCCCUUAGGUCAUCAUCUGCAUCCGGAAGCACUAGUGUGGCAGAUGUGACAGCAAGGUUUGCUACUUCUGGGACUCUUGGAAAAACAGUUCUUGAUCGGUCAGAGUCAUCAGUUUCAAAUAAUUCUGAUGAUGAGGCCCACCAAUACUGGCGUAGUCAGCUCCCUGAUGACAUUACCCCAGAUUUUAAGGUCAUGAAUGAGGAUGUUUCCCAUGGAAUUGGAAGCCUCUCUCUGUCAGGUUUAUCAUUGCUUGAUAAUAAUGAAACUUCCAGGUUUCCUGCUUCAAGGUUUCUUCGUUCUACUGGGAGUGGAUAUGUAUUCAGUGAGCAGCAGGAUUUGUCUCCACAAAAUCUCAAUGCUAGUGGCUUUGCCGAGAAGAUUGGAUAUUCUGCUUCAUCCUAUUCAGAGGAUCCUACGUUUGCUAGUUAUCCACAUUUGCCAGCUAAGCCUUGGGACAAGCAACCAAGGAACAAUGAACAACUUCUCAGCAAUAGUGGGGAGGGAGCUCUUUUUGAUGGGACUAGACCUGGUUUCAUGAAUGAUCUGCUGGCUGACCAUACGUGCCUGGAUAAUUCUGGCAUGAAUCCUCUCAAUUUUUUGGCUUCUCAAUUUCCUGAAUUUUCUGUUGAAAGCCUUGAGGAAGUUUAUUUUGCCAAUGGUGGUGACAUAAACUUAACUAUUGAGAUGCUCAAUCAGCUUGAGCUUCAAGUUGAUAGUGGUUUCAGCCAGAAUCUGAAUUCAAAGGCAUUAUCGUCUCCUAAUCUUGGUGCACUGGACUUUCCUGCACUUACGGUGUCAGAUUGUCAAAAUAGUCCUUCAAAAUAUGCAGGAGAUGAUCUUCACCAAAGUGCCAAUCCUUAUCAGUCUUCUGCGAAGGACAACAUACUCAUGUUCAAAUCUAGUACUUCCCUUCCAUCAGGUGGUUCUAUAAAUUUUGCAUCAGCUGUCAAGAAGUUGGCAUCUCAAGAUUCUGGUAUAUGGAAGUAUGAUAGAAAUGGUUCUACUGAUUCCACUGGUGGCUCAAGUCGAAGUUCUCAUCUUUUAGCUAACUCCUAUAAUACUGGACAUGGGAGAGGCAUUUAUGCUGACAAGUUGCAAACUCGUGGGUCGGCACGUACAGCUCCUGUUUGGCUUGAAACUGGGGAUGCAGUGGCAAAUAUGUACUCUGAACUGCGGGAAGAGGCCCGCGACCAUGCACGAUUGCGUAAUGCAUACUUAGAACAGGCACAACAAGCAUAUGCUGUUGGCAAUAAGGCUCUAGCAAAGGAGCUGAGUGUGAAAGGGCAUCUACAUAAUAUGCGUAUGAAGGCAGCCCAUGGAAAAGCUCAGGAAUCCAUUUACCGCCAGAGAAACCCUGUUGGGCCUGAAAAUGUGAGAGGGCCGGAGAGGAUGAUAGACUUGCAUGGGUUGCAUGUCAGUGAAGCCAUUGGUGUGUUGAAACAUGAGCUGUCUGUGCUUAGGAGCACAGCACGGGCAGCAGAUCAUCGACUGCAAGUUUACAUUUGUGUCGGAACUGGUCAUCACACUAGAGGAUCCCGCACUCCAGCAAGACUACCAGUUGCUGUACAGAGGUAUCUGCUUGAAGAGGAGGGCCUUGACUACACGGAACCCCAGCCAGGGCUGCUCCGAGUUGUGAUAUAUUAAGACAAGGACAUGACAGAGGACAGUAGUUUUUGACACGGAAAAAAUUCAUCAAGUCAUAGUCAUCGUAAUCAUUCUUAUAUCUGUACAUGGGAGGAAAUGGAAGAGAAAGUAGAUGAGGUCUGAGAAAAACCAAAAAAAAAAAAAAAACAAAAACAAAAAUGGGAAAACAAAGGUUCCACAGGAUAAGGGGAAGGAAAGUGAAAUCAAGGUGGGAAGAAAAAAGGAAAGCAGAAUUGUAUCAUUAUGAUUUAGCCAGUUGACUGCAAGCAGCAUUACAUUUUGGUAGCAUUAGGAGCCAGCCCUACAACACAGCUGAUCUUUUUGUAUGUUAAAUUUGUACCUUAAUUUUUACUCUGUUAAAUCUUUUUUCCCUGUUAAUUAAUCCCCAGAUGUAACGUGAUAGAAUUGAAUUUACAUGAUAGUGCCAUUCAUGAAGCAUCUCUUUCUCAUCCCUUUAGGCCUUUCAAGGCACUGCACAUGUAGGUGAAGAUAUUGAGGGAUAUCCAUUGAGGAACUGGGUUCUCCCGCAACCAUCACAAUUCACAAGAUAUUUUAUAAAAUCCUCAGCACGAGACUCCAUGCAGCAACUAGCAGUUCUCCUGAAACAAAAAAGAGCAGUGUAUUAAGGUUAUGGGAGGAUGAGUAGUAGCUAGAAAUUGGAAUAGAUAAGCGCAUGCUGG